GCCGAGUAAACGCUGUUGAAAAAGACAUGAUAGUCAGAGAUGCGCUUGGUUCGGGUGCACCGCUCAUCAGGAUCCCGUCGGGCGCUGUGUCCGUGCAGCAGAAGAAACGCCCACCCUGGGCGGGUGGACCAAGAUAUUCAUAUCUUAACAACACUCAGCCCAAAACGAAGAGUGAGGAGCGGCAUGGCCAAGAGGGAGCCCAGCCAAGAGAUGCUGAACAACUGCCUGAGAGUCUGAAAACAACAACUGCUCCGAUUUUUUCUACGUUUAGAAGCGGCAAAAAUGAAUUUAUUCAGGAACACAAACAUAAAGAGGGAGGACAAGAUCAAGAAGACGUAUUAGACCUUGAAGGUUUUCUAAAUGAUCUAGAGGCACCUGAGGCAGAGCCCAUGUUGUCCGAUGACGAACAAGCGCAUCACGAAUUCGGAAAUCAGCGAUCGGGCCCGCCGCCGCCCUCAACAAUGAAGGCACGAAAAUCCACACCUAAGCCUGUAGACCUCUGGGGACCACCGGCCCUCGGCAACGAAGGGGGAAAAAGCUUAGACGAUUCGUUUCUAGCCGAUCAGCUAUCCCAGACUGCCGGUUCUUAUGUAAUUUCGAAUGAGUUAGACUCAGAGUCAGUGGAAUCGAACGAUGAUAAUGCCUCGGUAGUCACUGACGACGAUGACGUGUACAGGAUGAUUGUUGAGCAUCCGAUCACAAGUUCCCGCUGCUCUACUCCACCUCUCUCGCAGCAUUUGUCUAAAAGGAGUGCUGAGGACAAUGAAGCUGUGCGAAAUAUAUCAGAGAAGCUAACACAUGUCGUUAGAAAAACACAAAAACGGUAUGAGAUUUUGCUAGAUGGUACGAUACGCUUUAACCCAGCCGAUUUCCGAAAUUUGUCGACCGGUGGGUGUUUAAAAUCUACUCUGACGACAUCGGAAUCAAUGCUUGCUAGACAAGAAAGAGACGACGAGCUGGAGCGGCCCUCUCCCGUUCUUGAAGACGAGAGUAGUAACAAAGGAAGUGACUACGGAUACGGGGAACAGGAGGAGCAAAUAGAACUCGAAGAUGAUAGCGACGAGGAGAAAUGUGUUGGAGAAGAAAGCGACGAGAACGAGCAGCAAAGCGAUGAUGGGGAGCAUAGCUGUGACAAUGACGAAGGUGGUCAACGUAAUGACGAGAGUGAUCGUGAUGCUACAACAAGCAAUCACGAUGACGAAGACGAUCGUGCUUACAUGGAGGAUAGCGACUAUGAUAUUACGGAAGAAACGCGUAGGGAAGGAAGUCAUAGAGAAGACACCAGCAGCGAUGAUGAAUUACAUCUUGAUUUCUAAGGUGAUGCCUGCGACAUUGAUUGUCUUUCUCCUACCUUUCUGAAUUUUCC